AUGUUUUAUGAGCAACUCACUCACGUUUUCUCUCCUUGUCUGCCCCACAGAACUAGCGAGUGUGACGUGGUUCGGGGAGAGUGCACCCAGACAUACGUGCCCUAUCUGUUCCUGGUGAUUCCGCUGGGCCCUGUCACCCUGACCGGCCAGGACUACGUGUUGGUGGAGAGUGGCUGCGUCUGCAAGCCCAAGUACGCAUCUAGUUCAUCCCCUACGCAAGGGGAUCCCACCGCUAUACCGCAUACUAAACUAUAGACAAUGUCGUGAUUAAAAACUCUGAAAGAUUCUACAAAAAAUGCUACAACGCUGAAAUUUCAGAGGAUAGUAGAAUUGUGGAAUCUUCUGAAAUCUUAGACCAACGAAUUACAUAAUCGAAAGAUCUACUAAAGGAUUGUAAAAGAUCCUGAAAUCCUUACAGUUGUGUUGUGUGUGAUGUUAUGACAGUACUUUUCCACAAUAAAAACACAAAUUUGAAUUGGCAACCACUUUUAUUUUGAUAAAAGUACUAUAUAUAUAUCCCUUCAUUUCAAGGCUGUGCAAAGGCUAAAAAUAAGCUUUUUACUCGAUGAAGUUUUUUGAUUUGUAUAUCAUCAAGCUAUCAAAAUGAAAAAGUUUUCUCAGGAAAACAUUUUUUUCUGAUCA